CAUAAGACACACUGCUGUUUGUAUGGCAAUGAUGGACACGAGCUAACUUCCUAGGCGAUGCGCUGCUAAUUGUAGGGGAAGCGCUGCCAGAUUGUCAAAUAUAUCACCUAGUACCACUCCAUAUUCUGGGCCCAAUACUUGAUUCCUGUUUUGUGACCCGAGUCUACCAGUCUAUAGACAGCUAUGGGUGGGCUGGGGAACGGGCGCCGUGGAGGAAGAUCACCCCCUCUCAUGAUUGGCGCUCUAAUUGCCUGUAUCCUCGUUCUGGGCUUUAACUACUGGGUGUCAAGCUCCCGCAACCUGGAGCUACAAACUAAGUUGUAUGAGUUGGAGGGCCAGGUGCGACGCGGAGCAGCAGAGCGAGGAGUAGCAGAGAUGAAGAAGAAUGAGUUCCAGGAGGAGAUCCAGAGACAGAAGGAGCAGAUCAGCCACAUAGAAAGCCUCUACAAGAAACAGCUGGAAGGAGCCCAGAACACCUGCAGCCAAGAGAAGGGCACACUGCAGCAGAACGUUUCCUCCAGUACCAAAACCAUACAGGAACUCAAAGUUCAGUUGAAUCAGCUGAAUGAUGACCUGGGGAAGCUGCAGAAGGAGCUACAGAGUUGCCAAGGCAACAUCAACACCCUUAACAAGAAACUCACUUAUGACAUGACCAAUUGUCACUCCCAGGUUCUGUCCCAGAAGGAGUUGUGUGAUGAGAGGGUGGAGGCUGCUAAACUUGAGGUUCAGAAGAAAAUGGAGAAGCUCAUCAUCGCUCCCCCAGGUGUCUCCUCACCACAGGAAAACGCAGUGGAUGGAGCAGUAAAAGAAGACGGACCAGUCAUGACUGGGGUUAAUACAGUUAAGACAGCAACUGUUGUAAACCACACUCCAAGCCUCUCUCAGCCUAAGGGAAAUGAAACGCCUGAACUACUGACCAAUGAGAUAAUUGUAGACAAAGUUCCCGAUGCCCCACUGGAUCUGUCUCAAGCACAGGAUCUCUCCAAAGUAGGGCCCCAGUCUGUUCCCUCUGCUGCACCGGUGAAGCAGGACAUUUUGCUACCAGCAGAGGGAGCUGUCAAAACACAAGAGGCUGAGGCAGAGACCAGUAAACUUUUGAAGAAUAAUCUGACUGAGGAUAAAGAGGUGGAGGUGAUGGAAGCUCAUGAAGAGGGCGCUCAGACAGAAGAGGCAGACCCAGGGAUGGAAGGCAUGCUGAUUGGCCAGGGGAAGGCAGAUGAGACUCCCGUUGACCAGAAACUGGACGAACCGGAAGAGUAUGACGCAGACGAGCAAGUAGUGGGUGGAGUCAAUUUAGAGAAACAACAGCAAAGUAAACGGGCUGAAAAUUUAGACAAGGACAUGGAGGAGGAGCUGGCUGACUAUAAUGGGGAUGAUGAGAAUGAAGGGGAGUUUGAAGCUGACAAACAAGCUGAGCUUGCUCAAAACUAAGGGCUGGAGUUGGAGAAGGAUCCUGGGCACGAUAUUUGAAAGCAAGACACGUUUUACACCCCAGCACAAUAACAUUAUACAGGUUAAUGCAGCCCUCCAAACACGGUGAACACAAAACAAACCCAGAUAGAAAUUUCUACAUGAAAGACUUGUGACACUGGUUAAUUUCAUGAGGAUUUGCUUCCUGGGUUGUCUUUUAUUUGUCAUCCUAGAAUUUGUACACAGAAUUUGUACACUUUUGUCGGACAAUAUUAAGAUUAUUGCUUCAUAUCCAGUUCACAACUGUUUGCAGUAUACAUUUCACUGUAGACAUACAACCCUUAUUGUGGUGGUGAGUGUGCCCACAUCCAUUUCAGUAUGUUUAGGUGAUAUGAAGGUACUUGGUACUUCUAAGUAUUUUCAUAUCACAUGUUAUAUAGUACCCCUACGGAAAGGCGAACACAGCUCAAGACAUCUCAAGACUUGAUGCCAUUCGGCUUGAAAAAUUGAAUCAUCUCAACAUGCCUGGAAAUCAGUAGAUUUGGGUUAUGGGAUUAGAUUUUCAGUUUAUGUCCACUCUGUAAUGACUGUAACUUGAUGAUAAUGUGCAGUCCCUUAUAGGGUUUGCAAGGUGUCAAAUACUGUAGUUAUAUCAUGUAAAUGAUUUUCUCUUCAACAGCAUCUUAAACAAUGCCUUAAGAUACUCUUGUACAGUCUCUCGUAGAAAGGAUGCUGACUUUGGGUAAACAGUCAGGACGUUUCAUGCUACAAAAUGUCCAUAAAAGCAGCAAAGGAAAGAAAUGUGGGGGUUUUUGUUGUUGUUAUUGUUAUUUUGUUGCUAAACCUGGUCAAAUGGAAAACAAAAACAGCAGCUUUUUUGAGUCCCAUGUAGUCAAAGAUGCUGCAGACUUAAUAGACAUGCAACAUAACAAAUGGGAAAAUUCACCGUAUGGAUUAUAUGCUGCAACUUUGUCAGGUUCUAAACAUACUAUAUUAUUACUGCUGUAAAUGGACAUUUUUGAUUACUGAGCAAUUGUGUCUAAAGUGUCAUUUUGUUUUGAUUUACUUUGGCAUUUUUUGUUGCAGCAAGGCUUUUAUUAUCAGUUGUAUUUCAGGUCACAAAAUGUCACAAGGUUGAAUGUGUGCUGUUCUACGUGUAAGAUCAGUAAAACAGAAAAACAGAAUGAAAGGAAUAGUUUGAAACAUCUGGAUAAUAUUUGUAGAUCAAGAAUCUUAUUUUAUUAUGACGCAUGCCUUAUUAAUUCUGUGUGCACCAGUUUUCCUCUAUGGUCAAUUGCUUCUGAUUAUUGACCUGCUCAAAGGUUUGGGAUUCUACUUUGUGGAUACCGUCUGCUGAAUCGGAUGGACUGUAUAUUUUCUUGAAAAUGUGGGGAGAGAUUUCUGAGUAUUGCUGUAAUAUUAUGAAGGACAUUACCUUGAAGUAGCACCAGUGUGUUGCGCUUUAAGGCUCCUGCUAUCCAGUAGAUGCGAACUGUUCAGUAGCUGUGCUAAAAUGUGUUUGUCUGCUCAAUUUAAAACUGCACUAGCCUGGAAAAUGGGUGAGAGCAAACAUGAACUAAUAUUAGGCAUGAGAAGUAACAAAACAUUGGUUGAAUUUGUGGCAGGACAUUUUGUUGCGUUGUGUUUUAUACAGGACAGAUAGUUUAUUUUCCACAUAAACUGCUUUCUUUAUAAUUUGACUACAGAUCCAUAGUUACUCACCACACUAGAUCUGUAACUGCCAUCCUUUCCAUAAUGCAUAUCAACCACAGUUGAUUCCAACAAUGCAGAGCAACGUAGGGGAAAGUUAUUUUCCUAGAGCGCUGUUAUUUUCCUAUCUGAAUUUUUUUCACUGUGUGAUUAAGUACAGAUGGUUGUUG